AUGAUCAAACCCAUGCUGAGAUUUCCAACUCGGACACUGCUCCGACCGGGAACCCUAACCCUUCGAAAUCAGCUUGUCCCCAGCCCUCUUUUUGCGGCUCUCACAUCCAGAUCCAUUUCGACCCUGCCAAACCGACCUUUUACUUCCGCAAGGCUCAGAAAUGGGCCCAUCGCCUCCAGACCCGCCUCAAUCGUCUCCACAAGCGCCAUUAUCUCGUCUGUGCGAAAAUUGCACUCUUCCAACCCUGCUUUUGGCCAAAUUCCGGAAUCUGCUGCCCCAGGUAAAGUACGAAUGCUCAAAGGCACCAGAAAAGUCCUGCUGGCUCUAAUGAUCUCAUACGGCAUCAUUCUGACCGCCAUGGCAUCCAUUCUCAUCGGAACUUACGUCUACCUGGAACUGCAACAGCCCUGGCCAUUGGUUCAAUGGAGCAUGAAGCAGGCCUACAAGGCCAGAGAAGGACUGCUGUACGAGGUGUUCCUGGAGGAUUACGCGUCAGCCAAGCAAUGCUACGAGAAGCUGCUGGAUUCCCUGUCACGUGACAACAAGGGUAAUCUUGUGGAUAUCUCGGGAAAGUCCACCGCCUGGCUUUCUGCCUAUUCGGAUCUUCUUUGUCGAUAUGCAGACAUGUGCAAGAUUGCUGGAGACCUGGACAACUGCAAGCAGGCCUACAUUGGCGCUAUGCAUGUUGAGGGAGGCGAUCUGAACCACAAGUCACGUGCUCUGACCAAUUUGGCAGAAUUGGCCGAGAUGGAAGGUGACCGAGAUGAAGCUGAAGAUCUGCUCAAGAGAGCCUGUGCCUACGGAAAGGAUACUGCUGUCAAGAGCGGAUCUAAUCUCUCCUAUCGGGUGGCUCUUCAUGCCGAGGAUAUGGUUCCUGGAUCACGGGAGUCUUUGGACGCCUCUAUUCACCUGGGUGUCCUCUAUGCUCAAAAGGGAGAGUAUGAGAAGGCUCUUCCCAUUCUGGUUUCGAGUCUGCGAGCAGUCAAAAACUCCAUUCGACAGCAGCGAGGCGCUGUUCUGAGCCGUCCCCUCGAAGCCAACCCUCUCAACUGUCAGAUUCAUGAAUCUUCCUUGCUGUCGGUGUACAUUUCCGAGGUGCUUUGGGCCAGCAACAAGAAGGAUGAGGCUGUCAAGUGGGCUCAAAAGGCGUACAAUGAGGGUUACGUCUAUCAUCGGUCCAACAUUGAGGCAGCCAAAUCUGCCCAGUUGGCCUUGUUGACUCUCAUCAAGAUGGAAAAGUCGUUGGGCAACAAGACCGAGGUGGAAAAGUACCAGGGUCUGCUGGACAAGAUUGAGGUGCCCUCCAAGAACGUGACCAAGUGGGAUUGGUUCAAGUCGGCCUUGCUGUAA